AUGCAAGCGCGCCUCGUUCUAAUUUCCGCCUUUUUGGCACUGUUCAGCAUCAGCAGCAGCAGCGCAGCUCCGAAUGGACGGAUUGUUGGCGGUGUAGACGCAACUAUUGGACAAUUCCCGCAUCAGGUUUCGCUACAACGUGAAGACGGAUCCCACACCUGUGGCGGUGCAAUUAUUGACGAAAGCCACAUUCUUACAGCAGCACAUUGUGUUGUGGCCGGCAAUGGUAUUGAACCUUAUCCCGCUAAAUACUUCCAAGUGCGUGUUGGCAGCAUUCAGCGCACUGCUGGUGGUAAAUUAUUGCAGCUGAAGCGUAUAACCGUCAACAAGGCCUAUGGCAAUUUCUUAAAUGACGUAGCUGUCUUGGAAUUGGAGCAACCAUUGGUCUUUACAGACAACAUACAACCCAUCGAGUUGGCGGAUGAGGAAGUACCCGUCGGUGAGGAUGUAAUAAUCUCAGGUUGGGGACGUUUAUACACAGGCGGUCCGAUUCCUCAUCGCCUGCAAUGGAAUACACUUAAAGCUUUGAACACUGAGCAAUGUGAUGAGCUGAUCGGCAUGGGAGAUGACUCUCUGAUUUGCCUGGCUCAUGAAGCUGACAACGGUGCCUGCAAUGGCGAUUCUGGCGGUCCAGCCACAUACAAUGGUAAACUGGUGGGUCUAGCCGGUUUUGUGGUGAAUGGUUGUGGAAGCACUUACCCAGAUGGUUACGCUAAAGUAGCGUAUCAUCGGAAUUGGAUUUUAGCUAAUACUGGGAAAUAAAGUGGGGAAUAAAGAGUAAAUAAAAUAAAGUUUUAUGUGUGUUGAACUUUGUUACUGUUGCUCAA